AUUCUAGGCAUUUUUCAGCACUUAUUUUUUGCCAUUGGUAUUUUGCCACCAUCGUACUUGUACUUACACACCGUACCCAGCUUGGGCCAGCUACCACUCUGCAUGCAUUGCACUGGAAAAAAUCUGAAAAGAUUUUUAGAAACAUAGCCUGCAUUUUGUCUAAAUUUCUCGGGUAUCGAUUUGUGACAUUGAGAUUAAGCAAGAAUGGAAGAGCCAUCACCGCUUUCACUGGGGCUAGAGGUCAUAGAUGCGGAGACUCCAGGUAGCUCCUUUGUCACUUCACAGAAGGAGUUUACCCCUAUACUCAGCUUCACUCCUAGACAAUAUCAGCUUGAACUACUUGAAACGGCUCUGGAGCAGAACACGGUAGUAUACCUGCAGUCUGGGACAGAGAAAACAUUCUUGGCAGUGAUGCUCAUCAAGGAACUCUCAUGGUCAGUGAGGAUGCCUGUCAAGGAUGGAGGGAAAAGAUCCAUCUUCCUGGUCAAUUCAGAAUCCUAUCUGUCAAAAUGUGGCAACGUAAUCCACACCCACACUGAUUUAGAUGUCAAGGAAUACAGGAACCGGGAAGAAAUGAGUUCAUGGGACAAAACAAAAUGGCAGGAUGAAAUCGAACAUUGUCACGUUGCGGUGAUGGACAGCGAGAUCUUCCUCAAGCUCUUACAGAUGUCCUUUGUUGACUUGUCCAUGUUCAAUCUGCUCAUCCUGGAUGAGUUCCAUCACACCCUGAACUACCUCCAUCCCUACCAUCAUGUCAUGCUCACAUUGAGAACUUGCCCUCGGGAAGAUUGCCCCAGGAUUUUGGGAUUAUCUGAAUCGGUUCUGAAGAUGGACUUCAAGCCAGUGGCUUUAGAGAAGCAGAUCGAGUUAAUAGAGGAAAAUCUAAAGUGCAAAGCGAAAAUCGCUACUAAUUUGACCAGUAUUAGUAAAUACGGCACCAAGCCCAAAGAAGCAGUCAUUGUCUGUCGGAAGUAUGGGGACUGCGUUGAGUUGGUGUCCAAGCUAUCGCAGCUCCUCACAGGCAGUCUGAAACAGCUCAACCAGUUUGAAUACUCUUUCAAAGCCAAGGACUUUGAUGGGGAGCUUGUAGACUGCAAUCGUGAUCCUGUACUGCCGGCCAAGCAAGCCCUUACAGAAUGCCUGUCAGCCCUGAUGACGAUAGGCCCUCUAGGGGUCAAGAUCCUCAUCCCGAUGUUAGUCCGAGAGCUCCUGAAGCUUGAGAGGCAUGAGUUCCUUGACGUUCACCUUCUCUUCCUGCAGCACGCAGUCACCCAGCUCAGGAUGGUUGAAAGGAUAUGUGACAAUGCUCUCAGAGAAGGAGGCAACUUUUAUAACCUGAAGUUCCUGACUCCUAGAGUCAGGAGGCUGUUGGAAAUUUUGGCAGAAUUCAAACCCAAGGAGGCCAGUCCAGAGGAGAAAGCUCAGCAGAGCGCUAGCCGGGAAAGGACCAACAAAUUUGCAUCACGUAGGAAAGCACACAGAUCUCAUAAGGACAUGAAAAAUCCUAGAUGGAGACCCGUUGUACCGGAAGACCAAGACGAGGACGAAGCGAGUGACGAGGAAGAAGAAGAGGAGGAAGACGGACCCGAUGCCGAUAUCCAGCAAACCGGUCGCUCGACCACCAACCUCUGCGGUAUCGUCUUUGUGGAGCAUCGUUACACGGCGGCGGUGAUGAGCAGGCUCUUCAAGAAACUCUCCAAGAGAGAUCCAAGGCUGCACUUUCUCCUCUGCAGCUGCAUUGCCAUUGGCAGCGGAAGGCUCGGGGUGGCGAAGAAGUCGGCUGUGCAGGCUCAGAAUCAAAGGAGAAAGAACGAAGAAGUGUUGAGGAAGUUCAGGAGGAGAGAAGUCAAUGUCUUGGUUGCGACCAGCUCUGUGGAAGAUGGUGUGGAGCUUCCCCGUUGCAAUGGCUGCAACCUCGUGGUGCGGUUCGAUCGACCUACCAGCUACCAGUCUUACAUGCAAUCCAAGGCCAAGGCUAGGGCACCUACAUCCCACUUUCUCAUGCUCAUAGAUGAACCGGAUGUACCGCCAUUCCUCAAGGACGUGCAGAGCUACCAGGAGUUUGAAAGGGUUCUGAAUAGGAAGAGUAGAUCGAAGAUUCAGCAAAAAGAAGAGGAAGUAGAUCUUCUGUUAGCUGACCAGCAGAUGCCUGCAUAUGUCCCCAAGAAUGAGGAAGGUUCUCCCAGGGCCUCCAUGACCACUGCUAUCCAGAUUAUUAACAGAUACUGUGCCAAGCUACCUAGUGAUGUCUUCACCCAUCUUACUGCUUCCUGCAAGAUAGAGGAGAGGAAAGGUGAAGUCAGCCCAGAGUUCCAGGCCACUCUUCAGUUACCUAUCAAUUCACCCAUCAGGGAACCCAUUAGAGGUCAGUGGAUGAAGCGUAAGAAAUGGGCCACCAUGGCGGUGGCUGUUAAAACUGCAGAGAUUCUCCAUAAAGCAGGACAACUGAAUGACUUCCUGCAGCCAAUCGGGAAGGAAUCGGUCUUGAAGGUCACGGAAAAUGCUUACAAUCAUCUCUUUGCUGAAGGUCAGACACGUCCAGGAACAACUAAGAAGAGACAAUACUAUGAUAAAGAAGUAGCGAAGUGCCUCCAGGGAUGCCUUCCAAGGCCAGAUGAACCUUGCUACCUGUACAGUAUUGACAUGUCCCUGGCCUCGCCUCUACCAGAUAUCCUCAACAUACGAGAGAGGAAACUCCACAGACCAGAGGAAACACACCAGUGCUUCGGUAUUCUCACCUCAAAGCAAAUACCAAAGGUGCCUGGUUUUCCAGUCUAUACCAGGGCAGGAGAGUUGGCUGUGACCAUCAAGCUUCAGUCAGAUGCGAAACGACUGAGUGGCAAUCAGAUCAGGAGAGCCCAGUCCUUUCAUGGCUGCAUGUUCUCUGAAGUGCUACGGCUUGACAAGCCUAACCUAGAGCUGAACCCGGAGAAGAGUCAAGCUAGCUACCUCAUUGUGCCUCUCAAAGAAGGUCCUGAUAGUGGCCCUUCUGUCAUUGACUGGUCAUUCUUGGAGGAGGUCAGCCUGAGUUCUGGUCAUCUAGACCAACCUCCUCAACUUCCGGACUACAGCCAGAGCCAGUUUGAGUUCUCCACGGACAUCCUCGCCAAUGCCGUGGUCACACCAAUCUACAGAAACAUUGACCAACCCCAGCGCUACUUUGUGGCAGACAUCCUCUACGACCUCCCCGUGACCAGUCCCUUCCCGUCUGAAAAGUAUGAGACAUUCGUGGACUACUACUUUGAGCGGUACGACAUCCAGAUAUCCAACUUCCAGCAGCCGCUGGUAGAUGUUGACUGCAUGUCAUCUAGACUGAAUCUACUGACUCCAAGGUAUCUAAACCACAAAGGGAAAGCGUUGCCGAUCAGUACGGGUCAGAACAAGAAGGGGAACCUGCAGAAGAAGCAGUACCUGGUCCCCGAGCUCUGCUACAUCUAUCCCAUACCUGCAUCCUUGUGGAGGAAAGCGGUGUGUCUUCCAUCCAUCCUCUACCGAUUGAACGCGCUGCUGAUUGCAGAGGAACUCAGGGUACAGGUGGCCGAGGAGGCGGGCAUUGGCCUCAAGAAGCUCCCAGAGGAAUAUCCCUACCCGAACCUGAGCUUUGGAUGGGAAGGACUCGAUCUGGAGGCACUUGAGAGACAAGAGAAAGAGGCCAAAGAAGCAGCAAGAUGCGAUCUUGAUGAAGGGAAUGCAAUAUAUGUUGAACCAAAGUGCAAUAACUAUAAGCAGCUGAAAGAAAAUGAACGUGCAGCUGAGUCUGAACUGCAAACAAGCCAGAUUAAGGACGUUGAAAUGAAUGAGCAGCUGAACACACCAUGUGACCAAAGUAGACUAGAACGUUCUAGGAGAGAUGGUAAUAUGAACAGUACUAAUGAGAAUAAAGAGACGUUUGAUGAUGGAAAAUUUCACCUUGAUGAUGACGGCUAUGACCCACAGAAGUGCCUUGGACCUAGCCCUACUAUUAUUUUGCAGUCCUUGACCAUGUCCAAUUCCAGUGAUGGUUUCAACCUAGAGAGGCUUGAGAUGCUUGGAGACUCCUUCCUGAAGCAGGCAGUGACCGUCUAUCUCUACUGCUCCUACCCUCACUUAGAUGAGGGUAAGCUGUCAUUCCUCAGGAGCAAGCAGGUUAGCAAUUUCAACCUAUACUGCCUGGGUGAGAAGAAAAAGUUAGCUCAUAAGAUGCAGGUAUCAUUGUUUGAUCCUUCCAUCAACUGGCUUCCUCCCUGUCUGCUGGUCAAGGAGAGCUCCAAACCGGUCAUCAAGGAAGAGAAUGAGACUGACCAGGACGCAGGAUUUGUCAUUGACACCUGGGAUCCUUCCACUGUUGAAGGUAUCGACGACUUCGACGAUGAUGACUUCGACAGCGACCAGGGCUGGGAAGAGAAUAGUGAUGAUAUUUCGGAAGAGGAGAUCGACGAGACGAAGGCAGAAUGUCCGGACGAUUUCUUUGCCAGGGAAGAGAAGGACGAGGAGCAGUGGUCUUUCUCUGUGGGUGAUCCUGACGAUGUUCCGGGGUUGACCUACACCGGUGCCAAGACGCAGGAUGUGGGAAGUGUUCCUCCUCUACCGUACGAGAUCCACACCCAACACAGCAUGUCUGACAAGAGCAUUGCGGACUGCGUUGAGGCCUUGAUCGGUUGCUACCUGAUGUCUUGCGGCUUCCGUAGCGCCCUUCUCUUGAUGGCCUGGAUGGGGUUGGAUGUCCUUCCAACCAUGGAAGGACACUCUAAGAAGCAGGAUGACCAAUUAUCUAACCAUUCCUCGAACCCCGCAGCUGAUCUUCCAGUGUCUUGCCGAUACGGCUACCUGAAGCAACCAGAGUCCCCUCUCUCAAGGAGUGUGCCCGAUGCAAAGAAAGUACUGAAGGAGCAACUUGUUGGAUAUGAGCACUUUGAGAAGACCAUCAACUAUCGCUUCAAGGAUAGGGCUUACCUGCUCCAGGCCUUUACUCAUUCAUCUUACCACCGUAAUAGCAUUACAGAUUGCUAUCAGAGGCUUGAGUUUCUUGGAGAUGCCUUAUUGGACUACCUCAUCACUCGUCACCUGUACGAUCACCACACCAACCUCUCUCCAGGGGCGCUGACCGAUCUCCGCUCGGCACUGGUCAACAACACCAUCUUUGCUUCCUUGGCCGUCAAGUUCAACUUCCAUAAGUACUUCAAGGCCUACACUGCCAAUAUGUUCCAAGUCAUCGACAACUUUGUGACGUUUGUCGAUGCAAAGAAUGAAGCUUUGGGAAUGGAUUCGCAGCUGAAGUACAGUGAUGGAGAGGAGGAUGAGUCUGAAGAUAUUGAAGUCCCUAAAGCUCUCGGUGACAUCUUUGAAUCUGUCGCCGGUGCAAUCUACCUCGACAGCGGCAUGUCACUCAACGCUGUCUGGAAGGUCUACUAUCCGAUGAUGAAGCAACAGAUAGAACAAUAUGCCUCGGAUCUACCAAUUUCUCCUGUCCGAGAACUGUUGGAGAUGGAACCGGAAACAGCACGAUUUGGGCCACCAGAGAAGACCAUCGAUGGAAAGACGAGGGUCACCGUCAACGUGGUUGGUAAGGGACAGUUCAAGGGGAUUGGGCGUAACUACCACAUCGCCAAGGCAACGGCGGCUCGUUUUGCUCUCCGCCAUCUGAAGAGCCAUCCUCAGAAUUGAAAGUAAGACUCAACGUAUUGAAGGAAAUUAUCGAAAAACACCACGAUACCGCUAUCCUUGAGUGAGGCAUUGAUCUGCAUAUGCCACUUUUCACCCAGGUGAAUGAGUGGUAUCUGGUAGGAUGGGAACAUCGGUGUGUGGUUUCCUCAGCACUGUAUCAAAAUGAUAACGAAUUGGAAUGUUCACCAGGGAGUGGAGAAUGGACAUGCAUUCAAUGUGGGCAGAUCUAUGAACAGGCUGGGGAUAUCUCUAUGAAGUGAAAAGACAAAAUGCCAUUUUACAGAUCGUGUGCUAUUGGAACAUUAAAAUUUGCAUUGUUUUUAAAUACUUAUCGUAUGCCUCAUGUUUGCAUAAAUAAUAAUGCAAUGUUGUAGGCGUGAAGAUUGGGUGAAGGCGUGGGUGAAGAUUACUGAUUUUUUUCUUGGAAAGGGAUUGAUAAUGUAAUAUGAUUUAAUACCUUUCUCCAGCCCAUACUACCACAGUGUCUUUUGAUUUCAUAAAAUAAAUUAAUGCAGUCAGAUGUUGGUGGAAUAAUUAUGUGGAGUACUUUGGAUAUGUUAUUUAAAGUCUCUCAGAUCUUUCAAAUAUUCACUCCUGGUAUUGAAAAAAAAUUGAUCUUUUUAAAAGAAAUUUGACGUACAAUUAUGCUACGACACUGGUUUAAACUUCACUGCCAUCUCAAUCAGUUAUAGUUGCGAUUGGGUUGCAUGUGUAUGAGUUUGUAAAACUGAUCCAGAUCACAUUAUUGACAUCUCGACAACUAGUGAGUGACUUUUCAGGACCAUCUUCGUUUUAUGUUUGGUGUGAUACUUGUGUAAAAAUUGAGCUAACACCAACACCAAAAGGUCAACAAUGAACUUGAAAUCACCCAUUGAGAUUGUGUGAUUGCUUUCCUGAGAAGAGUAUUCAACGAAUCGGAGCAGAAAUAGGAGAGUGAACUCUUUAUAACUUGCUCAUCAUCUGGGUCCCGUAACACAAAGGUUAGCGAUUAAUCGUACGCUUGAUUUUCAUGAUUGAUUGUACAUUGUAGUCAAUGCAAUCAGUUGUAGAAAAAUGUUCUACGAUCAAUGCUAAGUUUUGUGUUACGGGCCCCUGGUCUGGUUUAUUAACCAUGCAUGUGAAAUUAUAUUCAUAUACAUAAAUAUUUUGAGGAUUAUGUUUAUAAAGCCAGAAUACUUAUGGGUUAUAAUACAAAAUAUCCCCGCAUGACAAAUAAAUCUAAAUGAAAUAUUUUAUUUGAUUUUGUUUAUCUGCUGGGUAACAAAAUAAUAUGGUAACGUAAUUAUAACAUUUUGACAAUAUAUUAGAAAUAUACAUCAUUGAAGAUGAAAUAUAUAAGUGUUUGAAAUGAUGUACUUUUGUCAUAUGUGCAUGUUUAAUGUUUAACUUUGUUGGAAAUGAUAUAUAUGCAUGUUUUUAUUUAAUUUUGAAGGCAAUUGUACAUGUUCAAUCAUGUGAAAUUAAUUGAAUUGUAUCAAAGAUAAUGAAAACACUCUUAUGAAUUUUUCUUAUUGUUCUUAGAGAUCCAUGAUACCCUCGCAUGCAUAGUAAUAUGAUAUUAUUGAUAUUAUGGGGCUUAAGAGACAGCUGUAGUACCAUUCAGUACUCUAAACAUUAAAAUGAAUAUGACUGACGCGAGUGAUAAUUUUCCUCAAGGGAAAUUCCUAUAAAGUUUGUUUAAUUAAUGCAGCUGGUAAUUAGUGUGUGUUUAGAAGUCGCAGUGAGACAUUCGUAAGUCAGUUACUAACCAGGUGGGUGUUUCAUAAAGCUGUUCGUAAGUUAAGAGCGACUUUAUGAACGACUGGUGAUCCCUUCAUGCAGUAAGUGGUAUAUUGAAUCGGUGAUUGUUAAACGCGUAAGAAAGGAUCACCAGUCAUUCUUAAAGUCGCUCUUAACUUACGAACAGCUUUAUGAAACGGCCCCCAGGUGGGUAUAUCAUAAAGCUGUUCUUAAGUUAUGAGCGUCUUUACGAGCAACUUGUCAUCCUUUCUUAAGAGCUAGAUCGACACUAAAGAAAAUUUGGCGUGCAAAAUGUAUCGCAAGAAAGGAUCACCAAUUGUUAGUAAAGUCUGUCAUAACUCAUGAACAGCUUUCACCCACCUACGCCCUGUAACAUAAAAGUUUGCGAUGAAUUUCAAAUAUGAAAGAACCACUCUGAUUGGUUCCUGGUUAGUGUUUCAAACAAAGUGCACAUGCAAUGAUGAUCUUGAUUGGUCAUUGGCAAUGAAAGAUCGAUUGUAAACCUUCCUGUUACAGGGCCUUGGUGGUUGUUUCAUAAAGCUGUUUGUAAGUUGUGAAUGACCUUACACGUUACUGUUCACCCUUUCUUGUGCUAAAUGAUAAAUACCUAUGUAACUGACUUGCCAUGUAUGAAUAUGUACCAGUCUUUUGUAAAAUUGCACAUAGCUUUACAAAUAUGAUAUGAUAUUGAUCUUAACACAGCUAUUCGGAAGUUGUAAGUGACUUGACAUAUGACUGAUGACCCUCUUUUUCUGCGUAUUUAACUGACUUACCAUCUACAUGUACCAGUUUUUCGUAAAGUCGUGCGUAACUUUACGAGCAGAUUUAUGAAACACCACCCAAAUGCACUUGAUAUGAAUUUUAAUGGAUAUAAUUUUAUGAAUAUUGGUUUUGCCUAAAGACUUGUUUUAUCAACAUCACUUCUUCAAAUGAAUUCAGUAGAGACUUUCUUAAAGACUCAAUUAACUUUAUGAAUAUGAUUAUGAAUAGUUUUGUGACAUAAUUUUUUCAAAUGAAUUUGGAAAAUAUGUACUGUGAAUCAUGACUACUUUAAGAAUAUGCUCAAUUCUAGUGAGCAUUUCAUAAAGAGCUCUGUUAGUGAUGUUAUAAGCUACUGAAAAUCCUUGCAUCUGAUUGGCUGGGAGAGAAUAAAGCCGUGAAAAUCAGUGACCGAACUUUUUGUGAAAAGCUCCCAAGAAGUGUAGUGUACCUUAUUUAUAAAAAUAACUUAAAAAAUAAAUGAUCAGAUUGGACAAUGAGGGCUGAAGUAUGAUGCAGUAGAUAUAUAUGGAAAUUCAACAUUUAAUCAGCUUGUCAAUUGUUAACUUCAUUUAUUUUGUAACAAAAAUUUUUUUUUUUUAAUAGCAUGAAGCACAUAUAUUCCGCUAUUAAUGAUUGCAUUAUUGUAUCAGAUAGAGAAAUGCUGCACUCGGUUGUUAUAUGAAUAUGUUGCUAUACACAAAUGCUCUUUGUUGCAUGUCAUGGCCUAAUUGUAAUAAUUAUUUGGCUGUAUAGAAAUGUCUUGCUCGUUCCUUAUUAGAUUUACAUUAGUAUAAAUCAAAUUAAUAUUGGAUUAUCUUUCAUCUUGAGCCGGAAUAUUUCUUGAGAAAGUACGAGAAAAAAUUAUGCAAAAAAAAUGGAAAGCCACAAGGUAUGUUGAUUUACUAUGUUUGUACUGUAUAGAAAAUGUGUGACAGAUGAUUAAAAAGCAGACACUCUUCCAUAAUGCUAUAUCUACCUCU